AUGUCGGUUCAAACCAUCCUACUUGCAGCCGCAGGCGGCGCAACACUCCUGAUCCUUGGAAGAAUCAUUUACCUCCUCUUCCUCCACCCACUGGCCAAAUUCCCUGGCCCAAUUUUCGCUAGCCUCACCCAUGGCUACGGCGCUUAUCACUCCUGGAAAGGCGACGCCCACCUUGACAUGUGGCGGCUGCACGAGAAACACGGCGACUUCGUGCGCUACAUGCCCAACUCGGUCUUCAUUCGCAACGCAGACGCGCUGCACGCCAUCUACUCGACGAAAGCAUACGCCUCGGUGGUGAAAAGCCCACACUACGAAGUCCUCCAAGCCGGCAGCGUAGGGAGCACGUUCAGCCUGCGCGGAGGACACGAACACCUCCGGCGGCGACGCAUUGUCUCAACUGCGCUAUCGGAAAAGGCACAGCGUGGAAUGGACCCGCGCAUUGCGGUGCAUGUACGCAAGUUCUGCGAGGCUGUGCUCCCGGCACGUCAGGGCGAGCUGGGCGAGCCGAUGAACAUGGCCGAGUGGUGCGGCUACCUCACCUUCGACCUGAUGUCCGACCUUGUCUUCAGCGCAAGCUACAACCUGCUCGGCCGCGAGAAGUUCCGCUACAUGCCUGAGGUCAUCGACAAGUCGAACGUACGGAUGUCUGUGCUCGCGUACAUGCCUAUUCUCGCCGCGUGGCGCGCCGUCGACGGCAUCUUCUUCCGCGAUGCCCUCAUUGCCCGCAACCGCUUCCUCCGGUUCGUUGUGCGCGCUGUCCGCGAACGCGCCAAUCGCGCCCUGGGUAAGUGGGCGCCCGACGCCUUGGACCCCUGCAAGCCCCGCGAUGAUAUCUACAGCGCGUUGGCUACAGCCAAGGACCCGGACACGGGCGAGGGAUUCAAGCCGUCAGAGAUGGUCAGCGAGAGCACAACGCUGGUGGUGGCCGGGUCCGACACCACCUCGACGGCGAUCGCGGCGACGUUGUUCUACUUGGCGGACAACCGCUCUGCAUAUGAAAAGGCAGCGCAGGAGGUACGCACUGUGUUCGCGGGCAAGUCACUGGGGUCUGAGGAGGCUCUCUCAGGCCCGGAACUCUCACAAUGUACCUAUCUCCGGGCGUGUAUUGAUGAAGCCUUGCGCAUGAGUCCACCCAACGGGGCCGCCUUGACGAGAGAAGUUCUGCCGGGUGGGUUGACUGUCGGCGACAUUCAUAUUCCGGGAGGUGUGACGGUUGCGGUGCCACUGUAUGCCAUCCACCACGAUGAGCGCUACUACGUGGAUCCAUUCACCUACCGGCCCGAGCGGUGGCUCGAGGAUGAUGGAACUGGCAGCAUCAAGCGGGCGAGACUUGUCUUCAACCCCUUCUCGCUGGGUAUGCGCGGCUGUCUUGGUCGCAGCUUGGCCUACCACGAGCUCAUGACCACGGUAGCCACUGUGUUGUACUUGAGCGAUUUCGAGUUCGCCGAGGGCCCCAUGAGCAAGGUCGGCAGGGGAGUGCCGGGGGCGGUGUACGGGCGACACCGAGAGAACGAAUACCAGUUGCGCGAGCAUAUCACGGGUCAGAAGGAUGGCCCAUGGCUGCGGUUUUCCAGACGCGAAAUUUCUGCCUAG